UUCACGGAACUCUUACUUGCGACAGUUGGUGUUUAAACUGCUGCGUAAAAAGCAAAGAUAGCGGAAAUGCAGACAGACUCAGGACUGAAGAGGAGACGAGCAGUGUUUCUGUGAGUGGACCUGAAGAGCGUCUGUGAGUGGACCUGAAGAGCGUCUGUGAGUGGACCUGAAGAGAGUCUGUGAGUGGACCUGAAGAGAGUCUCCCAUAGCAAAGACCUCAUUCUGCUGGACCUGGACCUGGACCUGGACCUGGACCUGGACCUGGACCUGGACCUGGACCUGGACCCAGCUCUGUGUCCAGUAACCAGCUUACUGCCAGAGACCAGAACCAGGAAUAAAAGAUGGAGACACCUAGAGAUGUCCUAUUAAGAACUUUAGAAAAUUUGGGGGGUGAAGAAUUCAAAAAAUUCAAGUGGCACCUGGAGGAUAAGGUCCUAGGAUUCCCAGGAAUCCCAGAGAGUCGACUAGAGAAAGCAGACCGGAUUGACACAGUGCGACUGAUGCUUCAGCACUACGACAAAAACACCAUUAAUGUGACCAGAGACGUUUUGAAGAAGAUCCCGAGGAAUGAUCUAGAAGAGAAAUUAUCAAAAUUCCCAUCAGACCCUGAAGAGGAAGGCUGUGUUUUUCUGGCUUCAACUCUAAGCUCCAAACCCUCCCAUCUGAGAGAGCUGGACCUGAGCUACAAUCAUCGAGGAGACUCAGGAGAGAAGCUGCCGUUUGCUAGACUGGAGGAUACACUCUCUGGACUGGACACUCUCAGGCUGGACCAUGGUGGAGAGCAGAGGUUAAAACCAGUUCUGAUGAAGUAUUCCUGUGGACUCACCCUGGACUCAAACACAGCACACAGAAACCUCAUCCUGUCUGAGAACAACAGGAAGGGGACACAUGUGAGAUACGAGCAGCCAUAUCCUGAUCAUCCAGAGAGGUUUGAUGUCUGGGCUCAGCUGAUGUGCAGAGAAGCUCUGACUGGUCGCUGUUACUGGGAGGUCGAGAGGAGAGGAGUGGUUUCUAUAUCAGUGACUUACAGAGGAAUCAGGAGGCGAGGACGCAGUGGGGACUGUGGGUUCGGAUAUAAUGAUCAGUCCUGGUGUCUGAGAUGCUCUGAUUAUGGUGACUCUGUCUGGCACAAUAAGAGAGAAACACCCAUCUCCUCCUCCUCCCCCUCCUUCUCCUUCUCCUCCUCCUCUGGUAGAGUAGCAGUGUAUCUGGAUCAUGCUGCUGGCUCUCUCUCCUUCUACAGAGUCUCCUCUGACACACUGACCCACCUCCACACCUUCAGAACCACAUUCACUGAACCUCUCUACGCUGGGUUUGGGGUAUGGCCUGACUCCUCAGUGUCUCUGUGUCCUCUGUAGGAGGAGACCACUUCCUGUCCUGGGGUUUAAAUGUUGGUGUUUUAAAUCGAGGCUUCUCAUUGGUUACCAUGUGUCUCACUGAUUGUGUCUGUAAUAAAGUUUUCUUGAAGCAACGUAUUAAAGCUGAUGCUGAAGACUGUAGUGAUCGUCAUUAAUUUGAAUAAAGAUUCACAAAAAGCAGCGUC